UCCAAUGGGAGAGGCCGGUGCGGCCACUAUUGUUGAUGAGGCGGCUGGAGAAGCCUCACGAGCGCUCGCCGUGUUCUUCGAGGACGGAUUGCUGAGGAGACGAGCGGGUUCUAUUUUAUUGUUGUUUUUUAACCUUAAUUUUGCCCCGUUGGGGCACCCGUUGUCGGACACGAAGAGAAUGUCUUCGCACUCGCGCGUGAGGCGCAACGGCUCCCCAACCCCAGCCACCUCCCUGGGGGGAGGGGGAGCCGCGGCUGUGGCUGCGACCGCGGCGGCGGCGGCCGGAGGAGCAGCGAGCAGCAACAGUCGCCUACAGCCCAUGCGGGCCACGGUACCUUUCCAGCUCAAGCAGCAUGGCAGCCCCACGAGGAGCAACGCCGCCGCCGCCGCCGGGGGCAUUCCACGCGCAGCGGCAGCGGCGGCACUACCGCCGCCUCCCCCGCCGCCGCCGUCUUCUUGCUCCUCCUCGCGCACCGCCAGCCCCACGCGCCCAACGCUUGGUAACGGCGGCGGCGCCGCGCGCGGUGGCAGCAACAGCAACAACAGCGGCAGCAGCCCUGCCGUAGCCACGCAGACGCCAGUGGGAGUGGGUGGCGGCGCCUGCUGCACGGCCGCCACCCCCCUGUCGUCAUCGUCUUCCACGCGCGGCAGCCCCACGCGCACUGGUGGGGGAGGAGGAGCGCGGGGGAGCCCCCCUCGGUUGCACCAGCUGCCCACGCCACCCCCGCCGUUGCCGGCCUCGACCCCGUCGCCUUGCUCUUCCCCGGUUUCGCCGCCUGUGCCUGAAAGCAGCGCCUGUGCCGCCGCUACCUCUUCCUCGGGGGGAAGGAUCCGGCAUCGCCAAAGGCGACGGUCCCCGGAGCAAAGCAGGGCCUCGCCGGAGAGGAAGAGCCCCAGUUCCCCUGUCUGUAAAGGUGAGGAAGCGGUCGGCGAUAAAAACUCGGCGCGGGUGAAGGAAACCCCAGCAGGAGACCUCGCUUGUCUGGGGGUCUUUGAAGUUGAUAAAUCACGGCCGCCAUCAUCAAGCCCUUCCAAUAUUGCUCGUCGUACCCCUUCACUUGACAUACUUGCUGCUCCCUACCUUGCCGGGCAAUGGCCUCGUGAUAAUCAUGGACAAGUUACACCUUGCAUGAGGGACAAAGCCACACAGACUGAGAGUGCUUGGGCUGAAGAAUACUUGGAAAAGAAGAAAGGCUCUCAUAAGCGCUCAGCAUCAUGGGGCAGCACAGACCAACUCAAAGAGAUUGCAAAGCUACGCCAGCAACUACAAAGAAGUAAACACAGCAGCAGGCAUCAUCGGGAUAAAGAAAGGCAGUCUCCAUUCCAUGGUAAUCAUGCAGCCAUUAAUCAAUGCCAGGCUCCUGUCCCAAAGAGUGUACUCGUCCCCGUAAUACCAAUCGCAAAGUCAUCAGGAUCACGUUUCCGCAACAGCAUAGAGGGGUUGAAUCAAGAGAUUGAAAUAAUCAUAAAGGAGACAGGAGAGAAAGAGGAACAACUUAUUCCACAGGAUAUUCCAGAUGGGCAUCGAGCUCCACCUCCUUUGAUUCAGCGCAGCAGCAGUACUCGCAGCAUUGAUACGCAAACUCCUGGUGGAGCAGAGAAGGGCAGUAACAACAGUAGCAGAUCCCAGUCUGUGUCCCCUAGCUCAUUCCUUGCCAUCUCCAAUGAGGGCAGUGAGGAGAGCCCAUGCUCAGCUGAUGACCUGCUUGUGGACCCCAGAGAUAAAGAGAAUGGAAACAAUUCUCCUUUGCCCAAAUAUGCCACAUCACCAAAACCCAACAACAGCUACAUGUUCAAACGUGAACCUCCUGAGGGUUGUGAGAAGGUGAAAGUGUUUGAGGAAAGCUUGCCAAAGCCCUUGCACGAAAUUCCAGCAUUUUACUGCCCUGACAAGAAUAAAGUGAACUUCAUUCCUAAAAGUGGCUCUGCGUUCUGCCUUGUCAGCAUUCUCAAGCCACUUCUUCCUACACAAGAUCUUACACUCAAGGGUGCUACUCACAAUCUGACGGUCACAUCUGGUAUGACACCCACUUUGCUGCAACCUAUUGCCAUGGCUUCCUUAUCUGCAAAUGCAGACCAAGAUCGGCUCUCCCGCGGAACAAGUAAAAUUAUACCACAGAUGUCUAUGCUUCAACAGUCAGGACGUGGUGAAGAAACUGAAGGAUAAACUUGCUUUUGUUAACCUUUUUUAAAAGAAACUUCUUGAAGCUAGUUGUGAUUCAGCCUUCCUAAUCGCAUCUGUUUGCAUCAUAAUUGCUGGCAAUUCCAUAAACUGCUAAACAGGUCGUACUAGUAUCUUGAUCUUCAUGACCAUGACUGUUAGCCUGGUGUGAGAUCUAGGAAAGAGGAGUGGCAGAGAGACUGCUACACUUGUUGGUGAAAGCUUAAGUUCAGUCUCUGGUCUGCACUUUUUUUAAAGCUUUGGUGCAGUAAGAAUGGAGACAUCCAUAACUCGUUAUGAUUGCAAGGACCAAUUUUUUCCACUGCUUUGGGUCCCAAUUUAAACCUUUUGAUUUUUAAAAAGGGAGGGGGGGAUCAAAGACCUACCAACUAUUCCUAGCAAAGAUCUACAAGAGAAAAAGCAAGUGGCACUGUAAGAGCCAUUAGUUCAUACAAAAACAUAUUUUCAAAUAUAGAGUUUUCUGGUGCGUAGAAGAAAGCAGGAUGAAACACCUUUCUGGCUACAUCAUUUCUACUGCUGGGACCAAAGGAUUGAAAUUUUUCAACAUUCUGUCAUGUGACCAUGUUGACUCCCUUACUUCUCCCAGUUAAGCUUAACAUUCUUCAGACUAAAAAGAAGAGCAAUAUUGGUACAUAAUGUGUAUUGGGGAGGUGGGGGGAUAAUGUGUGGUAAACACUCUUAUAGAAUUACUUGUCUGGAAAUAGCAUUUUAAAGCACUUCUGCCAAUGGUGUCAUGAUUUGUCCCCAGUGUUGUGCUUCAGAACCAUAUUCCUUUCCCCCUUCUUCCUCCCAUCCUUCCAAAACCCAAUUGACUGUCACAUCAGUGCCUCUUGGAAUGUCUUGGUUUAUUGUGUUGCUGUCAAAAUCUUGAAUUGCCUAUACCCAAAUCGGCAUAUACCCAAAUCCUAUCAUGUCUUGUCACUGUACUAUAUAAACCCUGUAGUCAUAUGAUGAAAUGGCGGUGCAUGGUUUUUCCUGCUUGUCAAAGUACUGUUUCGUGGGUCUCUUGAGGGUAAUAGUUUGUCAGGCAUGAUAUUCGUUAAAGCAAUUUAUUUGAAUGGACAUAGUCUCCAUUUUGAUUAGCAAUAUUGUUAAGGUGUUAAACUAAGGAACUUUUCUUAGUAUUGGUCUGCAGAUAUUGCCCUUUUCAAUUAUUUUUUAUCUCUUUGUUUGCUGUGAUUGUAUAACAAUCAAAAAUAGGAAGGAGUUUCUGUUACUAAAUUGGGUUGUGAAUGGCCCUGACUUUUUCUGGAUACAAAAGUGUAUCUACUGAGUGAGAUUCUUUAAAUAGCACAGUGUGUGCUAGUGCAGCUGAUAAAAGGCCAAAAUGUCAGAUUGCAAAGCAUCCCCAAAGUUGAAGAUUCUCAUGGAAGAUAAACUCAGUCAUUUGAAAGAGCUUGUUGAUACAGAAUUAAAAUGAAUCGGGGCCAGCCUACACAGUUAUAGGAAAGACGAAAAUUUAACAAACCUAUUAUGGCAUUACUGUGAUUCAGUCUCUACUAGUAGUCAUUGGUAAUGAAUAGGCAUAGCAAGAUGAACAGUGUUUCUGUGCCUAUUCAUUACCAAUGGCCACUUGUUGGGAAUGGGUCAUAUCCACAUUGAUUGGUGUAUUCAUUUGUGUUUGCAUAGUUGUUAUGCUGGCUACUGUCUCCUGCAUUGCUUGGCCUUUUGGCUUCUCUUUUCUGUAACCCCCCCCCCUUUAUACUCAGGUUAUAUAUACCUACCCAUUUAGGUGACUAUGUCAUGCAUCUGACAGUGGGCCCUAGUCCACAGAAGCUUGUGCCACAAUAUAUUUGUCAGUCUUUAAGGUGCCACUGAACUACUUGUGUUUGCUGUAACAGAUUAACACAGCUGUGUCUCUGGAAUACUUUUAAAAAGUGUGACUUUAUCAUUAUUGUACCCUGUUCUUGACCUUUUGUGUUGGCAUAUCGUUGGUUCUAUUUUCACAUGCUGUAUUGGCACAGCAAGAUGGCCUCACCCUGUUCUAUAGACUUGCCUGCUGGCAUAUGAAGUCCUAGGUUUGCUUGUUUUGCUGCAUAUAAAGUUCACAUUGUGAGGGCAACAUCCUUUUUACUUCAUUUGAGAGUGUUUGGUCCUCAAUGAUCAUAUUUUUACUCCAGUUUGAAAGAGUUAUGGCUAAAAACAAUAUUCAAGGAAAAACAAAGUUUGCUUUCAAAUAGUAUGGUAUAUUUGUGGUAGUUAACUUCUGCACACAGAUCACCUUUGUUAUGAAGCUGUUAAUGUUCUGGUGUGGUCUACUUGCAUGCAAGAGGGGUAUUUGCAUUUUAUUUAAACCCAGUUCUGCUUCUCAUGUUAAACAGGAGCUUAAAUAUAUCUUCUGACUGUAUGGUGGUUCUUAGGGGAAAUUUCCAUAGAGUACCCAAGGACCAAAUCACUAUGUGAAUCACAUAUCAAAUGCAGGUGUUUGAAAUCCUUGAAAAUAAGAGAUUCAUUGCUUUAACGAGUCUCUGUAAGAUGCAUUCAAGUUGAGAUAAAAACUUGUGCAAAGCUUUUUAUAACGUAUACUUUUUUUCAUGCCUUCGUUUAUGCUAUAAGGAUGAACCAACAUAUGGCCAAGGCACUUCAGGCUGGCCUGCAGGUGCAUGUUUGAAAACUGACACUCCAGUUCUUGUUAACAGUACAGUAUUUAUUUAGCCCUCUUGUGUGUUCCAAAUGUUGUAACUAAUGGGAAAAUGUUGAGGAAUUGCAUAUCAUAAGCAGCAAAUGUUGCUUGGCCAAUAAAUUUAUACUUAAAUGCAA